AUGGCAUCGAUGCCAAAACGACGAAGGACAGGUGACAUGGACGACACGGAGACGAUACUUUUGGGAGAUGACCUGAAACAAAUUAAGGAUAUAGUGAUGGACUUCAAGAUUUUAAAUGAUGUUUUGUGUAUUUUGACAAAUAUUUAUGAAAAAAUGCCAUAUUUGUGCUGCGAGUUAGCCGAGCCGCCUGGAAACUUUACGAAUAUUGCAGUUCGUUUGUUGGAAUGUGGUCCGAAAAUAUCAUUGGAAGCAAAAUGCGAGAUAUUUCGCUUGAUAUGUAGUGUUGCAAUAGAUCAACGGUGUAUGGAAAUGAUUACCGAAAAUACCCAUCUAGUGGAUCGUAUAGCAAUGGCGAUUGAUCACGAAGUAAAUGAGGUGGCAAAAGUAGCUCUCCAAACGGCAGGCGUUUUAUCGGUUAACAAAAAUGGUAUUAGGCUAAAUCAUGUGAUCUGGGUUUUAAAACCGAUAAGAAUAUUGUGUACAACUGAUCUCUUUCUUUCGUAUAAAUGGAUUAAUAAGUCGAAUACUAUUUCUGGUACUAGUGAUUAA